AUGGACCAAAAGAGCCUGCCAAGCCUCAGCAACGAGGUUUGGUAUCUCAUCUUUAGACAAUUGCUCACUCAAGAUGAUAUUUUUAACGUCUGUGCCGUGUCGAGGUCAUUCCGUACUUUGGGCCUGCCUGUGUUGUAUCGCUCAGUGAUUUUGCGCGAGUUGAGAGGGAGUGAAAGCGUCAUAUGCGAUACCAGCUCUGACAGUGGCCAUCAGGAUGCUGCCCCUCUCGGUCUUUAUAGUCAUCUCAUGGACCAGAGAAAAACUCAUGUCCGAGCUUGGGUGCGCGACUUGACACUUGAGCCCCCGAAAAAGAAUCAAGACCCAACAGAAAAGUUAAAAAGACUGGAUGACUUUAUUCGCUUGCUGAAAUUAAUGCCAAAUAUCCAAAACAUCUACUUGAAGCAAGCAAUGCCGCUCACAGAUACAUUUCUUGAAGCAGUUGGUCACCACAGCAACUCACCCAAACUUCAUUUAUUGUCUGAAGCUGGAUACACUAGAGUCGACUGUCAGGUGUCUUCGGUGCAGGCUUUAAAAAUUGGCAUUCACUUGGACUUUGCUAGACGUGGAGAAUCGCCAAAGACCAUCGCCCCUCGUGAGCUCUUUCUAGCCUUUCCAAACCUUCGGAACUUGUCCAUUUCGGUGCAACGCCGGUAUGGAGGGUGCAUGCCCGGGCCCCGAACCCCAUUACUGAUUGUACCAUUGAAGUUGCUCCAACAUGAGCGGUUUCCUCCCCUGGAAAGUCUUUCACUAGGUGGAUACUAUGUCCAUGUAGACGAAAUACUCAGUUGGAGGACAAAACUUCCGUGGCAAAGUUUGAGAUCACUUCAUCUCACAGAGAACAGAGGAUUUCUGGAAGCCAUCAAUGGAUCUCCGCUUUUGCUAGAGGAGCUUAGUAUCUUUGGAACGGAAGCCGCAGCUAACGGCGAAUGUUUGGAGCUGAAUCAGAUUUUGCUAUCAUUUGACACGCUUCAAAAGCUGGAAGUAACAGGUCAUUUGCCACGGAUGACUGCCGUUGCUCAUCACCACUCCCUGAAGUAUCUCCGUCUUCAUAAGAUAGAAGAACCUGAUAAAGAAAGAAAGAAUCAUUCAGGGGAAGAUAUUCAGUUGUUAGGCCAGGAAUGCGGUGAGUUGCAAAGCUUGGAGAUUGAUGUUUCUUGGGACAACGGCUGGCCUGAGGAUGUUAUCUCCGCUCUAGCAAAAGGAUUCACGAAUUUGAGCAGUAUCUCCAUUCAUGUGGCCUCUGGACUUUUACAUUUGAAAGGCCAGCCACGAACUAAGCCAGGAUCAAGCCAAUGGAGGCCGCCACUGGACGAAGUCACUGCAGCGUCGGUUUAUGAAAGUUUUCGUCAUCAGAGAGACCUCGCAUCACAUCUGAAAAAAGUAACACUCAAGACUGGCGAGGACAAGCGUUGGUUUCCUCAAUGGAAACCAGACUAUGCAACGCUCGAGGACAAGCUUUCCAGGCUAUUCGAAAUUCGGUUUUCUGGCGAGGAAGGCGAUGAGUUUGGUGUCAGAGAGCUGGAGUCUAAUUAUACCAAAAAAUGGCGAGAGCUCACAGAACGAAUUGCAUCGAGGCAGAGAGAAAGUUUCCUAUUCAAUGUCAAACAUACUUAG